UAUUGGGGCAAAAACUUGCAUACUGGUUGACAACUGCUCCGUUCAACUAGUUGGACCAACUGAAUCUUUAUUAGGGGCAGUUUCGUUCACUAUUGUGUCACUCUUCUGGGAAAAACUAAAAUCGUUGAAGAACGUCGACGCGCAAAGGAGAGUACUAACCGAUUGAUGUCCGUAGAUAGCCAUAAAAGCCUGUUAUACUUUAGGCGACUUGAAUAAAGAAAUGACACCAAUAUUCUCAAUAGCACACUCGAUAAGAAUGAAAAUAAGGGCUAAUAAUUAUAAGCACUUUAGUCAUUGACUGUCCAUCGAUAAUUUUAAAUUUAAACUGAAAACAAAGUAUAAUCGCCAAAACCUUCAAACUCUGUUUUAUUAUGCAUUCAAACUUCAUUUUAAUUGCUCUAACGAAUGUAAUUACGGCUAUUAUGCAGCCAAAUAGUAAACGCAAGCACAACUGAUUAAAUAUUUUAGAUUUCGUGGUUGGAAAACUUUGGAAAUUCGAAAUUUUAAUAUUACCUUGAAACAUGACCCACUCUUGUUCCGUGGCGACGACGGAGCACAUUGUAGGUAUUUACACUGACGUGUAUUGACGUACGUCGAAACUUCAACGUCUGACGGUAACCCUCUUUGGGAAUGCUGUUUUAGUACGUAGAAAAGUACCUAUUUCUAUUUAUUCUCGCGAGGCAAUAACACCAAAACCAUUUUUGAAGGCGUCAGAAAAUAAAUGUUUAUAAAAUCUCGAAAUACGGAGAGAAAGUUAUAUGACGUAACUUCUAUUCCGAUCGAACCAAAAAUGAAUAUCCUUUAUACCUUUUUUUCCAUUAUACACCUGAGAACUAUAUUGGGAAUAGAUAUGAUAACAAUUGAUUUCAUAAAACAAUUCGUUGAAAACGAACAAGCGCCGACAUUUUUGAUAUUAUGUAACAUUUGCUGGAGACCUGAUCUACAGGUGACGCUGAUGAAGAACCUCACUCGUUCUGGCUGCAGCUCGGCCUCGUUAGACACCAAGUCCAAGUACCACGACCACUACACGAUGUUCCUACUCGACGCACAUUGUCCUGGCUUCGAUGACGUCAUUGCAUCUGCAAUUUCUCGAAAACUCUUCGCUACUCCAUACCGCUGGCUGAUUCUCGACGACCGCCAACACGAGCUGCACCCGGACUGGCCCAUGUAUUCCGACAGCGACGUUGUGGUCGCACAGAGAACGGAGGAUGGAUACAAGAUGACUGAGAUUCACAAGCCUUCGAAUUCAUCUUCAAUGGUUUACUAUCCGAGAGGCUACUACAAUGCUACCACAGCGACACUAGCCGACACCAGGCCAUCUAGGACCCUGUUCAGGAGACGAAGAGACGUAAUGGGAGCUCCUAUCACUAUGUCCAAUGUCAUACAGGACAGCAACUCCACGCAAUAUCAUCUGCCGAGGGAGGAUCGUCUGGAGCUCCAAUAUGACGUAGUGGCUAAAGUAUGCUGGGUGAACGUGAAGAUAGCUUUUGAGAUGCUGAACGCCACUCCACGGUACAUAUUCAGCCACCGCUGGGGGUACAAGCAGCGCGGGGAGUGGGACGGCAUGAUCAAUGAUCUCCAUACUGGUAACGCUGAGUUAGGUACAAAUUGUCUAGUAUCGGACCCACAACGCCUCUCAGUGAUCACAUACACGGACACUCUAUCAUCAUUCCGAGUCCGCUUCAUAUUCCGACAGCCUCCUCUUUCUUACGUGUCCAACAUCUUCUCCCUCCCCUUCUCGUCCAGCGUCUGGGUGGCGGUGGCCGUGUGCGCGGCCAUAGCGACCGCAGCCUUCUAUGUGACUAGUAAAUGGGAGGCGAAAGGGGGAACAAGUCCGACUCAACUGGAUGGCAGUAUGGGCGACGCGUUACUACUGACCAUGAGUGCCGUGAGCCAGCAAGGAUGUGUGUUGGAGCCUAGGAGGGUGUCAGGUCGCAUAAUGCUGUGGAUAUUCUUCGCUGCGCUAAUGGCACUGUACGCGGCAUAUUCAGCCAAUAUCGUGGUGCUUCUGCAGGCUCCGUCCAAGUCCAUCAGAACUCUGGCCCAACUGGCCAACUCCAAGCUAACUAUAGCGGCAAAUGAUGUGGAUUAUAACCACUUUGUUUUCAAGCUGUACCCGGACCCAGUGCGUGUGGCGAUAUCCAAACGACUGGAACCAGAGAAGGGAAGAGGACAGUUCUACGAUAUCAAAGAUGGCGUCGAAAGAAUUCGACAGGGCCUGUUCGCAUUCCACUCGAUAGUAGAACCAGUGUACCGUCAAAUAGAGAAAACCUUUUUAGAGUAUGAGAAAUGUGACCUCGUGGAGGUAGACUACCUCAAUGGAUUCGAGCCACUGGUGCCUGUAAAGAAGGACUCUCCGUACCUGGAGCUUCUGAGGAUAGUAUUUAAGCAAAUCCGUGAAUCCGGCAUCCAAUCAGCCGUAAACCGUCGGAUGCAGAUCCCCAAACCCCACUGCUCUGGGCAAGUAGCGGCGUUCAGCAGCGUGGGUAUACUGGACCUCAAGCCAGUCAUGUUGCUAAUGGUAUACGGAACUCUCUUGUCUGUGGGUAUACUGUUUGUGGAGAUCCUGUUUGGUAGACUGUGAGAUGAAAAGCGACAAACUGAAACAUUUGAAGUCUAAAUAUUUGAUAAAAAAUACAAAAGUACCAUUACUGAAGAUUUAAACUGGUUACUGUAGGAUUAGAUUAAAUUUAGGAUUAUAGUGAUUAACACUAUUAUAGUGUACCUUAAAAUGUCUUCACUAAAUCUGUUGAAAUAAAAACAGAUUUUCGAA